GCUCUCGGAGGCAGCAGCCAACGCGAGGCUGACCAGCCGCCGCCAGCAGCGCCGAGCCUUAGCGCGUCGGGCGUGCGCCUCGCUUUCUUCCCUGCCUUAGUCUGGCUGAGGUUCACGCGAACAAUACAGCGUUUUCUUUCAAAAUGGCGAAAGGCGACCCCAAGAAGCCGAAAGGAAAGAUGUCCGCUUAUGCGUUCUUUGUGCAGACUUGCCGCGAAGAACACAAGAAGAAAAACCCGGAAGUUCCUGUGAAUUUCGCAGACUUCUCCAAGAAGUGUUCAGAGAGGUGGAAGACCAUGUCAAGCAAAGAGAAAGGGAAGUUUGAUGAGAUGGCGAAAGCUGACAAAGUACGAUAUGAUAGAGAAAUGAAGGAUUACGGUCCAGCGAAGGGUGGGAAGAAGAAGAAGGAUCCAAAUGCACCCAAGAGGCCGCCGUCUGGAUUUUUCCUGUUCUGCUCGGAAUUCCGUCCCAAAAUCAAGUCCACCAAUCCAGGCAUUUCCAUCGGAGACGUAGCCAAGAAGCUGGGCGAAAUGUGGAACAACCUCAGUGACAGCGAGAAGCAGCCCUACAACAACAAAGCCGCCAAGCUGAAGGAGAAGUAUGAGAAGGAUGUUGCAGAUUAUAAAUCGAAAGGCAAGUUUGACGGCGCGAAAAGCGCAGCAGCCAAAACCGCCGCGGCCGCCCGGAAAAAAGUAGAGGAGGAAGAAGACGAGGAAGAUGAGGAAGACGAGGAGGAGGAGGAGGAGGAAGACGAUGAAUGAGAAACUGUGUAUAAUCCUUGUUUCCAUGUGAAUACCAUAGAGUAGGGGAAACACCAUUUGGAAAAGAGAAACACACACACAAAAAAUCCAGCACCUCUCACUUGAGAUGGUGCCUUAUUUGUCCUUUAUUAAGAUUUACCACCCAAAAUUUGGUUUUCUUGAUCACAAUAUACUGUAGCCUUUUUUUUUUCCUUUCUUUUUUUUGGGGGGGUGGGGGAGGGGGGGGAAGUCCCAUCAAUAAAAGCGCUCUGGGGGCGGGGGGGAGGGGGGAAAUAAAAUUGCAGAAACAAAAGCAGGGAAAAAUCAACAAACCACAACCAUUGUUUAACCUGGUUUACAUUCAGUAGCUAGGGACCUUUCCCGGGCUCCCACCUGUGUAACAAAGUUGUACAUAUUUCCAAACAUUUUUAAAAAACGAAAUGGAAACAAAAAUGGAAACUCUCGUGUUCUCCUAACUCUGUGCACUUUUUUCCUGUCGGUGUAACAAAAGCAUUUAAAAAAAUGUUUCAAGCAUCUUAUUUUUUAAUUUGUUUAAGGUGGUGUUUAACUAUAUGGUUAUUGGCUAGAAAAAAAUCCUGGGUUAUAAACUGUACAUAUCUAUAGUUUGUAAAAACUAGACAAAUUCUUGUAGUUCAUGCUUUGAUUGACCCUCCUCCCUGAGAAGAGGUGGUGGGGGGGAAGGCUUUUAAGGGGGGUGUUGUGGGGGGGAAAGCCUCUUUGUUGUAUGUUUUUUCCCCUUCCUCCCCGGGAAAGGCCAUGUGUCAAAGCGUGCACCACGAAAGUAGAUCUAAUUUACACUACAGUGAGCGUACAUUUAGCUUAAAAGUUGUCUUUCUGUAUAUAGUGAAAUAGCAUUUCUGCGGCCAUUCUUAGUUGUGAAAGAAGGGGAGGGGGGGGAAUUCAGCUGGCAUGAGAUAAAAACAAGAAAUUGUUAUGGAUUCCUGUCUUUCUUUUUCCUUUUCUUUUCUUCUUUUCUUUUUUUCUUUUUGUUGAAAGGAGGGUCGUUUUUUUCCAACCAGAGCUGUCAAAUAGUCUCCUUCCACAGUCAGCUUUUCAAAGGGAAGUUCGAAAACGCCUUUGUACUUAAAAAAAGAAAGAAAGAAAGAAAGAAAUGGGGAAAAAGGAAAAGAAAAAUUUACGACAAAACAUUUACGUUGUUUUUUUUUUUUUGUAUGUUUAGAAUGCUGAAAAAUGUUUUUGAAGCAAAAAUAAACAGUAUUACAUUUUUAAAACUUCUUGACAAUAUUCUAAGAGUUCCUGCUUUUAAAACGGGAGGUUUUAUUAUUCUUGAGCCGCAGCUAAAAGAUUAAAAGGCCGAGAGCGGCACAAGCGAGAACGGAUUGGGAACGGGGCCGUGGA